CGGCGCUGCGGCAGUAUGGAGCUGGCUGCGCUGGAGCGCUUCCUCAGCCCGGGCAAGGGCAGCGGACUCCGCUCCCGCCGGCGGGUGCGGCCCGGAGAGCUGCUUUACCGAGCCGAGCCCUUCGCCUACGUGGUGACCAAGGAGCAGCUGGGCGGCGUGUGCGAGCAAUGCUUCCAGAGGAAUGAACAUCUGCACAGAUGCUCUCAGUGCAAAGUUGCUAAAUACUGUGGUAAAUCAUGUCAGAAAGAAGCUUGGCUGGACCACAAGCGGGAGUGCAAGUGCCUUCAGAAUGUCAAGCCUAAUUUUCCUCCAGAUUCUGUCAGACUUGCUGGCAGGAUUGUUUUUAAGCUACUUAGGCAAUCAGCAUGCCUUUCUGAGAGACUCUACUCUUUUUCAGAUCUUCAGUCAAAUGCUGAACAACUAAGUGAAGAAAUGAAAGAGGGCCUCAGGCACCUUGCACAUACCUUGCAACUGUAUCUGAGAGCAGAGAUCCAGGAUGCAUCUCACUUACCACCUGCAAUUGACUUUUUUCAGAUCUUCACAAAAGUGACCUGUAACUGUUUCACCAUCAGUAAUGGAGAGAUGCAGGAUGUUGGUGUUGGCCUAUAUCCCAGCAUGUCUUUGCUGAAUCACAGCUGUGACCCAAACUGUGUGAUCAUUUUUGAAGGAUACCAGCUUUUACUUCGCUCCAUCCGAGAGAUCCAGAUUGGCGAAGAGCUCACCGUCAGCUAUAUUGAAUCACUGAUGCCCACCAGUGAACGACAGAAACAGCUGAAGCGCCAGUAUUGCUUUGAAUGUGACUGUUGUCUCUGCCAAGAUCAAGAAAAGGAUGCCAAGAAAUUGGCAGGUGAAGAGCCUGCCUGGAAGGAAGUCAAAGAUGCUGUAAAUGAGGUGAAAUAUCCAAAAUCAAAAGAAGAGUGGGAGAAGGUACUCGCAAAAUGCCAACAUCUCCUGAGCAGCCAUACCAGUCGUCUUCCAGAUACAAACAUCUAUCAGCUGAAACUGCUGGACUGUGCCAUGGAUGCCUGUAUUAACCUUGAAGCCUGGGAACAAGCUUUGUCUUAUGGCAGCAGGACACUUGGACCAUACAGGCUGUAUUAUCCUGAUUUCCAUCCACUGAGGGCUGUGCAGCUGAUGCGAGUGGGCAAACUGCAGUACAGUCAAGGCAUGUUACAUCAGGCACUGGAGACCUUGAAACAGGCCUAUGAUAUUAUGAAGGUGACCCAUGGGACAGAUCACAGCCUGAUGCAAGCCUUGAUGGACUUAAAGGAACAGUGUGAGGCCAUCAUGAAAGUACACUGAAUAAAACUCCAAUCUGGAAAAUGAGACAUUCAAGGAGAAAGGAUACGGAAAUCUUUUUGUUAUUAGGAAGCUUCCUAAUGUGUUCCUAAGUGGUUUUGGUAUAUUUUCAUCAGGUCCUACUUUCUUUACGAAAAUGUUUAUUGUUUAUUAGUUUUUCUCUAUUAUCUUCUGGAUUGAAUUAAGGUUUGGAGGAAUAUGUGAUGUUUUCAGAAAGUUUUUAACUUCUACAAGUCAAAAUGGCAGUGAGUAAAUCUUAAUAUUUGCUCUUAGACAUGCUGAUAAAACUACAAACUUAAACAUAAAGCAAGGAUAAAUUUAAUUUGUUUAUAUUUAAUAACCAGAACCUCAAAUCCAAGUAGCAGUGAAUGUAGGAAGAAUUGAGAAUCGAAUUGGAAUCCCAGUGAUACACAACACAACUUCCUGCUGAGCUUCUCCCACGUGCUUUCUAGGUAUUGAUAUCUGUAUCUUUUCUGUUAUCUCUGAAUGAUCACAAAGUCUAACGGUACAUCUUAUGCUUGUUGACUAGAACACAGCUAUACAUUUUUUUGUAUCAGACACCUUAUUUAGAUGGUAACACUUGAUUAUCCAUUUACAACACGUAAUUUAAUUGAUAAUAAAUACUGAGAAACACAUACCAUCUUCAUUUGCUACAAAAUGAUAUAAUUUCAUUGAGAUGACCAGUCAAUUCUUUGUGCCAGUUUAUGCCAGCACUUCAAGAUGUAGUCAUAGAAAUAAGUAGAGAGAUCAUGUUUUUCCCUUUGACUUCCCAUUAGAUGUGGUUUCCAAAAGCCAGAUCCACUUAUCUUUAAAAGAUUCCCAAUAUUCUAAGUUGCAUCUUGAAUUUGUAGAGGUGAAUUUAUAUAUGCAGUAUGUAUCUGCAUUCAAUAAACAAUGAGGAUGACUUGGUUUCUAGGGUGACUAGGUUGUGAAAGGAUCCUUGUGUCACUGUGAAGUUCUUGGGCUGAAGCCAAACCUUUUGCACAGAAGUGCUGCUUGCCUCUGAACCUCCAUCAUCUACACACUCAGUCAAGUACCUAAAGAAAAGAAUGACAUCACAUUUGCUUCUGCGUAGCAGACAGGUGCACUGAGCACAUGCUCAGGAAGCUCAUAAUGUGGUUUGUAGACCUUUCUGAGCCUUCAGAGUUUGGUUUUACUAUGCCCAGUUUCCCCAGAUUGUACUUCAAAUUCGAGA